ACAGAAGACACAACAAUGGCAGUGGUACAGGUCCCAUACACAAAACUUACAUCCUUAAACAUUGGUUCUUCAGUGACAAUCAAAGGGACACCUGCCGUGUCUUUCAGCAUGAGACCAGAACUGCAGGUGGAUUUCCACACUGGAACUCAAGAGGACUCAGACAUUGCCUUCUCUUUCCGAGUGUACUUUGGCAACUGUGUGGUGAUGAACAGCCGUCAGUUUGGGGACUGGAAAUCAGAGGAGAAAUACGAGGGUAUGCCUUUUGUGGAUGGCCAACCAUUUGAGCUGUGCAUCUCGGUGCUUCAAAAUGAGUACCAGAUAAAGAUAAAUGGCCGUCAAUGUUACACAUUUUCCCAUCGACUCCCACCAAAUACUGUGAAGAUGAUCCAGGUGUGGAGAGAUGUCUCCCUGACUUCCGUGAUUGUCCAGUAGAGAAGGAUGUGACCAGAAUUCCCAUUGUCAAGGAGAUCCCUCCAC